GCUGUGUCUGGCGGGCCCUCGCCUGGCCGAGCCCUGCAGCUCCGAGUGGGGCGCCCGCCCACGGCACUGCAGUCCCGAACGUGGUGUCCCGGAGAGCGUGUGUUGGGCCGGGGUCGCUGUAUCCGCCGGCACCUGUGGUGCGGUGUGGGCGUGUCUACCUGGCGGAGGGACUGGCUUGUGCAAAGGCUUGGGGGUGCGACUGAGGCGGGGGGAUUUGGAAAACCCGAGGUCUGUCCCCUGCCCCGGACAACGAGUCACUUCUGGAUGAAGGUUGUUCUGUGGACGGUUGAGGCCGGGGGGCGGGGUUGGGGACAAAGGACAGGCCGUCUCGGGGGCAGUUUUAAAACUACCGGAGACUGUUCAGAGGAGGAACAGAGUGCAAGGGGCCGUUGGGAAAUUGCAGCGCUGUGAUGCCGCAUCCUUUUUCAGAGCCCCACGGGUGGCAGGAGGUGACAGCCAGCCCAACGCGUCGCGAGCCUGUUGAGCCACUUGGAUGUAUUCCUCUGAGCUCUGGCUCGCCGUGGUUCCCGUGGCUGCAGGCGCGCUUAUGAAACCUGCAGAGGAACGCGGAGAAAGUGCAAGGCUCCCUACCCCCACCUACUAUGAUCUGCAUUGCGGUGCCCUGGGCUCCUCAGUACUGUUCCUCCAGGCCCAGGGUCCUAGGUCAAAGGUUACAUGUGGGGGUUCUCUUCUGACAGCCAAGGUUAAGGAAUAGGAAUCAUCUGUCCGCUGUCCGCCGUGGACAUGAAUGACGAGUAGGGAGAAGUCAGGACUAAAUGCCAGCCUGAGAAAUGGAGUGCCUGUUCUGUAGGGUCAGAAGGGAGACAUGGUCUUAGCAAAGUCAUACUAGUUUCCAUCGUGUGCAGAGUGGAGAACAGACUGUGAGGUUAAAGCAGAGGCAGGAAGAAGAGAAUGGAGGCUACUGCCAUGUCCAGGCAACGGUUAGCGGGCCAUAGGCACGCCUCAGGAGAUGUGGUUGCUUUCUGGGUGUGGAUUUAGAAUACGACAGUGAAGGAGUAAAGCAGGACCCCAUGGUUUUUGUUUUAGCUGCUGUAAGAAUGCGAACUUCACAAACAGAUGGAGAAUUCAGGGUUAAGAAAAACACUUGAUUUGAUCAUGUUAAGUGAGGUGUUUCAGAAACCAGUGAAUGGGUCGGCGCCGCGGCUCACUAGGCUAAUCCUCCACCUGUGGCAGUGGCACCCCGGGGUCUAGUCCCGGUCGGGGCGCCGGUUCUGUCCCAGUUGCUCCUCUUCCAGUCCAGCUCUCUGCUGUGGCCGGGAAAGGCAGUGGAAGAUGGCCCAAGUGCUUGGGCCCUGCACCCACAUGGGAGACCAGGAGGAAGCGCCUGCCUCCUGGUUUCAGAUUGGCACAGCGCGCCAGCUGUAGCAGCCGUUUGGGGGGUGAACCAACGGAAAAAGGAAGACCUUUCUCUCUGUCUCUCUCUCUCACUGUCUAACUCUGCCUGUCAAAAAAAAAGAAGAAGAAAAGAAAAGAAACCAGUGAAUGGUGGUAUUGGAUGGGCAGCUAAACACAUAGGUCUGGAAAUUUGGCAAGUGGUUGCGGAUGGAGACAUCCAGGAUAAGGUGGUUAAGGACGAAGGGCAGUGUGACCUUUGAAGACGUGACCGUACACUUCUCCUGGGAGGAAUGGAGGCUCCUUGACGAGGCUCAACGAUGCCUGUACCGUGAUGUGAUGCUGGAGAACUUGGCACUAAUAAGCUCCCUGGGCUGUUUGCGUGGAGUGGAAGAUGAGGAGGUACCUUCUGAGCAGAGUGCUUCUUUAGAAGGAGUGUCCCAAAUCAGGACUUCCAAGGCCACUUGUACUGAGGAGUCAAACAGCAGAGUCCACUGUGGAGUUAUCUGUAACGGUGGAAAAGUUGAUUGCAACUGUGGAGAACACUCACUUGUCCAGCAUCACAGAGCCCUCACCAGAGAACGAUGCUAUGUGUGCAGUGAAUGUGGGAAGUCUUUCAGCAAAAGCUACAGCCUCAAUGACCACUGGAGAGUUCACACUGGUGAAAAGCCUUACGAGUGUGGGGAGUGUGGGAAAUCCUUUAGGCAGAGCUCUAGCCUCAUUCAGCACCGGAGAGUUCACACUGGAGUACGACCUCAUGAAUGUGAGGAAUGUGGAAAACUGUUUAGCAACAAGUCCAACCUCAUUAAACAUCGGAGAGUUCACACUGGAGAAAGACCGUAUGAGUGCAGUGAGUGUGGGAAAUCCUUCAGUGAAAGUUCAGCGCUCCUCCAACACCAAAGUGUUCACACUGGAGAAAGGCCUUAUGAGUGCAAUGAAUGCGGCAAAUUUUUUACCUAUCAUUCCAGUCUUAUAAAACACCAGAAAGUUCAUAGUGGGUCAAGGCCUUAUAAAUGCAGUGAAUGUGGCAAAUCAUUUAGUCAAAACUCCAGCCUCAUUGAACACCGCAGAGUUCACACUGGAGAAAGACCUUUCAAGUGCAGCGAAUGUGGGAAAUCCUUUAGCCAAAGCUCUGCCCUCCUUCAGCAUCGGCGAGUGCACACUGGAGAAAGGCCUUAUGAGUGCAGUCAAUGUGGGAAAUUCUUUACCUACAGUUCCAGUCUCCAGAAACACCAGAGAGUUCACACUGGAUCCAGGCCUUAUGAAUGCAGUGAGUGUGGGAAAUCCUUCACCCAGAACUCCAGCCUCAUUAAACACAGGCGAGUUCACACUGGAGAAAGACCUUACGAAUGCACUGAAUGUGGGAAAUCCUUUAGCCAUAACUCUAGCCUCAUUAAGCACCGGAGAAUCCAUAAUCGGUGAAGGCCUUCUGGGUGGCACAUGUAUAAAAUCAUUUAGUCAGAGCUCUGACCUCAUUACACACUGGAGAAUACAUCUUAGAAAAGCCCUUCUGACCACAAGGAGUAUGAGAAAUCCUUCAGUUGAGUGCCUUACAUCAUC